AUGAACAAGGAAAGGACAGGGCCUGAGAAGGUUUCGAAUUCCAUCGCACUGAUUUGUGAGUAUUCCGAAGAUUUUUGGCACGACGUCGGAACGCGGAUGGAUGAUAUGUUUGGUCAGGAUGUCGAGAUCCAUAACGGUGUUAUGUCUUUCGAGGAUAUACGAGUAGAAGCAGAUGGUGUACAGUAUAAUGUCGACAAUAGAUCAGAGCAACCUAGCAGGGAUUUCGCAGAACGAGUCGUUCACUAUCCGGAUCUUGCCAAAUCAGUUGAUCGGUCGAUUGAUCCAUGUGAAGACUUUUAUUCAUUUGUUUGCAAUGGAUGGAUCAAAUCACAUCCAAUACCCGAAAAUCAGUUCCAGUACACACAAACUGAACUUUCAAAGGAAAAGAUUAUCAAGGAAGUUAAGGAACCGCGAACCAUUUUCAGAUAUACUAGUUACGUUACCUCUUAUACGACACGUGAAGACAACCUUAUGAGGAUUUUCUACGAGAAAUGCGUUCGUAAUACACUUCAACCCGAUAACAAUGGAAUGUCGAUGUUAUUCUCAAAAUUGAGAAUCACAUCUCGUUUGCACGAAAUAGCAAAUGAAGACGCGCAAGACGCUCGACAUCGUCCAGCACCAUCGGGUUUUUCGGCCACAACAUGA